CCUAUGCCUGCACACCUACCUCAGCUGCUCUGCAUUUCUCCCUUUAGUUACCUUUCUGUUUGUCUGUGCCGGCUAUGAGUUCUCUGGGCGGGGGAUUUGGCUUUCUUCUCUGUUUGUACAGCGCUUAGGAUGUCAUGGCUGCAAACACAGCUGAAGACUCAUUAAUCACAGCAGGUUAGGGCCCUGUCCUCUUCUCACCAAAGUCACAUGGAGGCCUGCUGGGAAGGAAGCAGAUACAUCCUGUAGCCCACAGCCACCAUGCCAUUCCUAACCCUCACUCUUGUUCCCCACCCCAAUGGCAGGGACCAGGAGAGGCUGUGCGUGGUGGGAGAGCCAAGCUGGUUUAAUCCACCCUGCAAGAGCCAAUUAGCUGGGGAGGGGUAAGAAAAAAAAAAAAAAAAAGUGAGGUCAUUCACCCUGACCGCUUUGUGGCUACUCCAAAAGAAAAAGAAGUGUAUAGGAGCUGUUCAAGAAUGACAAAGAACAACAUUUGUGACUGCAGAUUGGUGCAGAGUAUAUUUAGUCAGUGGUCAAAAUGGAGGGAAAAGAAAAAGUCUCACAUGGAAAAAAAAAUACUGUGAAGUUUUGUUAGGCAACCUAUUAAUCUGGAGUACAGAUAGGGAAAAAUGUGCCACUAGGUUCGUAUGAAGGCUUAAAAAUUGCUUAUGUAGCACACAGGGGAAUCUAUUUUGAGCCUGUUAUUUUGCUGCACCAAAUAGUUUUGCCUUACGAGCAUCGUGUUCUCUGUAACUUUUCAUUGCUCGGCAGCAAGAACAAUGAGAUGAUUCCAUGAAUCUGUUCUCACAGGAAGAAAAAGGCUCUCCCCUGCUAUAAUACUGCAUGUAGUAAAGCAGGCUCAUCAUGGAAAUCAGCCAAAGCCCCAUCAAGUCGGGGAGGGGUAUUCCUGCUGACUUGGCUGAACCCCGGCACAGUUGGUUCCUCAUGGUGACACUAAAAGAGUAAAUUAACCAUUUCUCAGCCCAAUCCUGCGUCCCUUCGCAAAAGCAGUGACUCCUUCUCGAUGAAGGCAGUGCAGACAGACCCUGGAAAUCUGUCGUGGUUAUUUCUGCAUUGAGAUUCAACUUCAGUGAUGAAGCAUGGACAAGUAAUCUUCUGAAGCACUCCCUGUACGUGUGUCUCUAGUGCCUUAUAAUGAUUCUAAUUGGAAGUGCCAAUGGGGGAAAGGUUACUCACAGCAGUGGCUGACGCUGUGCCUGGAGGGCUGGGACUGUUGAGCUCUCCUUGUAAGCGGUGCUGUUGCACCUGUUUCAUUUAGGAGGGAGACCUUGCAACUUUCCUCACAAGCACAGCUAUGUAGUAGCUUUGGUUGUGUCCUUACUCUGUUGUUCUUAUUCCUGCUUGUUAGGGACUGUUGUGUUGCUACCAAACCUCUCUGUUAAAUAUUUUGGUUUGGUUGGCUUUUGGGUUUCUGCUCUCUGAUUCAUCUUUAAAGCACCCUACCUAGUAGCUGCCAGUCUUUGAGUGACUGUGGCAGCGAGGACCAGCAGGCUGAUGCAUUCAGGAUGCCACGUGUUGGCAGACGCAUGUCACAGUACACAGGUCCAAGCCCGGAGCUUGUUGUGUGGAGAUGACUUUGCAUCUGCUGGGCAUGUGAUGGCGAGUUUUCAGCCUGCAAAAGAAAGCUGCACGAUGGACGUGCUCAGUUGGCUGCAUUCAGCUCCGCCAUCUAUCUUCUCAGCCAUCUCCCAACUGCUAUCCCUGCGGUCUCAGCAUGCUGCUGCCAGCGUGGUCUGUGUGACACUUCUUUGCGUGGUGUACCCACUGCAAGCAGCACUGACUGCUGCUCCUUCCCCUCUGUGGAGCAUGACCUGUUGCUCAGAUGCUUGCUUUUACCACAUGUUAAAACCAAAAGGCAAUGGGAAUAGUCAGGAUUGAGCUUUGACCACUGCUUAUCCACUUUCUGGCUGCAAGUUACAUUUUUCUCUUAAUCUCUUUAUUAUCUAUUUUAUUCUUCAUGUUCCUUCUGGCCUCUUUAGGUAUUCAGGCUCUAGCAGGGUUUCAAGGACCUAUUUUUAAGAUUGGAAUAAUAUUUAGUCGGUAGCUGUUGCCAUUUCCCGGCUGUAUUUUACCACGUGAUGGUAGUUUUGUGAUGUGGUUUACUGGUCACUGGAAAGUUGACAUCACCAAAAGCAUUUCAUUCACAAUCUGAAAUUUUUGUGUUGAAUUACAGACCUGCAAGUGAAUAACUGGAAUUGUGUGGUGGUGACUUGUGUGCUGUUCUAAUUUAAUUUUUUGUAUCGGCAGUGAAGCCAGUCCCUGCUGAAGGCCAAGGUGCCAAGGCUGCAGGGUCUACUUCAGAUUGCCUGAGAAACUGUUGGUCAGAGCUCAGCCCUGUUGACAAGGGCAAAUAAAGCCCAAGCCAAGGAGCCGUAGAAAUAUUGUAGCAGUACAUUAAGUAUGGCUAAGAAUCUCAAAAGCAAGUAGUAUGGGUAUGUUCAGGGCCCAGAGUUCAACUAACAAGUGGCGUGCAAGGCCAGAGCCACCUGAGUUUGCUCUCCCAUAGGUAGUUUGGGUUGGCAGCACUAAAUGGAGAAAGAAUGUGCUUUGCUCAGUGAAAUGAUGGGAGAUAUCUUGAAUGCUCUCCAGAAAAAACCACACUGAGCACAAAGGUGUCAUCUUGAGGUAGAUAGGCUUUGGCGUGUCCCUUUACAUCUCAGCUUUUCUAAACUAAGAUUAUCGCUAAUGAGCAGUCCCCAUUAAGGCCUCAGGUUCUUGUUCAGAAAUGACAUGGGAAAAAGGCUGUGGAAACCCCCGAGCUUGUUCUUCCAGAUUCUUUCUUUUAAAAGAAAGAGGCCCGUGCAACUUUAUCUUCUCCGACAUGUCCGUCUGAAUAUUCAUCUGAGUGAGAAAGUAAUUUUAGCAUCCAUGACACACAGCUUCUGCUGUCACCCGAUUGCUCAACAGCACCGAGAAUAAAUAUUUCCGUAAGCCUGAGGACAGGAAUCUGAAUGCUUCUGGUUCCCCUUUCAGAAGCACCUGUGUGUGUGUUUUUUCAAGGCCCAAGUAACAUGGUUGUGCUUUGCAGCUGACUCAUUGAAGUUCUCCGACCCUACGAGCACAAGCACACUCUUGCUUAGCGUUCUUUUCAACAAAUGGGAGGAAAAAAGGGCUUGGCACUAAAGUACAGUCCUCCUGCAAACCUUGACAGGAGCACGCAUGUUUCUCCAAGGAAGUCAGUGGUGCUACUCAUGUGCUCGAAGUUGUCACUACAAAGCACUCUGCCAUGUGACAGUGAACAACACUAUGAAUACUCUGGACGGUGCUGCAAGAAAUGUGAGCCAGGAAAGUAUAUGUCUGCUAAAUGCACUGAGACUUCUGACAGUGUGUGCCAGCCAUGUGGCCCCAAUGAGUAUAUGGAUGUCUGGAACGAAGAAGACAAAUGCUUGCUACAUAAAAUAUGUGACCAAGGGAAGGCUUUGAAAGAGGUGAACCCAGGAAACAGCACGUUCCAGCGGCAGUGUGCCUGUACCACAGGUUACCACUGGAACGAGGACUGCGACUGCUGUCAGCGAAACACCGUUUGUGCUCCGGGGCUUGGAAUUGUGCAUCCUGUGCAGCAAGAUAAGGACACAGACUGUAUGCCAUGUCCCAGAGGCUACUUCUCAGAGUUUGCUUCAUCCACUGAUGAGUGUAAAUCCUGGACCAACUGUUCAGCUCUGGGAUUGGCAGAAAUAGUCCCUGGGACUGAUAAAUCGGAUGCAGUUUGUACAAAGCAGAAGAUGGCUGAGCAACCAGAAUAUGGAACAAACAAGAUCUUGUAUGUGUUGAUUGUCAUCUUGUUUUUUGUGGCACUAAUUGGCAUUGUCAUCUUCAUCGUAUACUACAAGAAUAAGGGGAAGAAGCUGACAGAUCUACAGAAUUGGGCUAACGAGGUGUGCAGCCAAAUGAAAGGAACAAAGGAGCCAUCCAGAGAUGCCUACGUUACUGUAAACAUAACGAACACCACCGUCCCGCGGCUCUCCGAAGACAUGCGUCUCCUGGGCCCUGCUGGCUCCCCUGCCCCCGGGAGCUCGCCCUGUGCUCAGUCCACGUGCAGGCACGGCAGCCCAGGCACGGCACCCUGCAGGGCUGGGGGAACCUUCCAGGAGAUCUCCGUGGGGACUGAGACCGAUGAUGAUCAUUUCUCCCCCGUUCCCACGGAAGAUGAAUAUAUGGAUAAAGAUCUCAAUACUGCCGAUUAUUUACCUUUACUGAGUCAGCCUGACAGUAAAACUUUGUCACUGUUUUCAGAACCGGUGGAGAUAGGGGAGAACGAUAGCUUAAAUCAGUGCUUUUCAGGGAUCGGGAGCACAGAGGAUGUGUCCAUCCCUCGGGGCUCUGACCCUUCCUCUGAUGCAGAUGGUGUACAUGCCACCAUGGACAAAUACCUCCAGAAAUCUUGCCAGCAUUCCCAUGGUUGCCCAAAGGAAAUUGACAGCAAAGACACAGAUCGUUUCGCAAUGAACCGUGACUCAGAGAAGAUCUGUGUGAGGUGUGGCAUUUCAUACAAGGAGACUCCCAGAAAGGGGAGCAGACCCUGCUGUGCUGCAGUUGUUGGUGCCUCCACCUCCCCAGAAACUGGAUGCUACGCACAGUGCACCUGUGGCUUGAAUUUUCUCUCUGCUGGUCAGAGCCCUCUAGCAAGUGACCAUGGUAUGGAAGAUGUGUCUUCUGAUGGUACCAACACAAAGUACCAGAACACAAACAGAAGCACUUCAGGGACAAACAGCAGCACUUCAGACCUCCCUCCAGCAUCCGGAAAUGUGACUGGAAAUAGUAACUCCACGUUUAUUUCCAGCGGACAAGUAAUGAAUUUCAAGGGAGACAUCAUCGUCGUCUACCUUAGCCAGAACUCCCAGGAGGGAGCUGUGGCCUCGGGAGCAGCCGAGGAGAACGUCAGCAGCCCAGUGCAGGAGGAGAACGCCAGCCGCUGCGAGACCUUCGCCGGCAAUGCUCAGCACUACAAGGAGAAGUGCGCUGAGCUGCAUGCCAACAUCCCAGUGGGCAGCGGCGGGACGCGGCAGCACACAGCCCCAGUGCCAAGCCUGGCCCGACACGGCGAGGCCUCACCGCCCGUGCAAGAGGAGGGCAGGCUGGGGCACAGCUCGGAGAAGGUGUUGAACUGAUGUGAGACACCAUCCCACGAGGGGUCGUCCCCAGAUCCCGGUUGCUGGGACAGAUUUGUUUCUUCCGAGAGCGCUGCUGGCCCCGGGGUCCUCCAGGAGACUUGGGAUUGGGAGGCCAGGCCCUGCGGGCUGCCUGUCUCCUCAACGGGGUGGCAAGUUCUCCAUGACUUUCCCGAACAGCAGCGAGGGACAGCUGAGGGAAACUCAGGCUGGGGGAUUUGGCGAGAGGGAGGAUGUGGAUCACCAGUAGUCGUCCCCUCCUGGAGAGGGGCAGCAUGCUGGAAGGGGCUCCAGACCAAGGUAUUUUUUUUUUUACUGGAUGGGAAUUGUAGUAGCUCUGUAGGUGAUCCCUCUCACUGGGACUUCAGUCAUCCUCGAUACCUCCCAUGAGAGAAGGAAGCAAUGGCCACCUCUGCUGCUGAGCUUGGUGCCCACCUGGCAGGGCAGGGAUGGAGUAGGUUGCUUCAGCCCUUCUCAUCAAAAUGUAGCAGGAGCUCCAGUUCUAAACCAGCACAACAGUCAAGAUCCUUGCCUGCCCCUUGCUAACUUGUGGGUGUGAGUUGGUAUAGCACUGCCUUGGGUUACAGUAACAGGCAAAUUAGCACUGAUAUGCCUUGAAAGUGAAUCAGAUUAAUCCUGAACAAGAAGCAUUUUUAUAGUUUUGAACCCUGAUUCACUGCCACCUUACUGCAUCUCCUCAGAGGAACACAAGCCCCUGCAGCUGAAGAUGAACGGCUAGCAGGUGAAGGAAGGAUCUAGGACAGCUAGCUGCAGACAUUUCCCAAGUGACAGGAGAGGGAGGAAGUGCCUAAAGAUGGAGAGUUUGCUGAGGGUCAGGCACAUGUUCCUUCAUCUGCCACAACAAAUUUGUCAUUCCCGUUGAUCUUUUCAUUUAUAAGCAGCGCUUUAUUUAGGCAGCAUGAAGUGAUUUCCAGAGCUCAGCCUGUCUGAGCUGAAAUCACUGUAACCACUGUCACACUUAGAGCUGUAGGACCAAGGGAUUGGAUUCAAAGAAUAAUAGCGAUUGUUAGUAGAGUCUCAGCUACCCAGGUGGCUUUGGUUCAGAUCCUGCAUCCUUCAGCCUCCUCUACCAGCCACUGCGGAAAGGUGAAGGGAAAAGAGCCUCAGGGAACCCCCAAGAAGAAAUCAUAGUAUUUUUUACAUUUCCUGACCAGGGGUAAUUUUCUGAUGUUCUCCUUAUGCACAAGAGUUGCAGGAGCAACUUCAGUCUGAACGUAUAGGAAGAUCAGUGCUUGUUUCCUGCCAGAGUGAAGGGAUCUCUGAAAUGUAUUCUCAUCUGCUCUGACAAAAAAGAUCUCAGCAGGGAGGGCUCCUCUCUAGAAAGUUAUUAAAGCUGUUUGCAGUAGCACUGCUCUGAGGGUGAAGAGAACCCAUGAAGCUAACAGGGUGACCACUGUGUCAUGAUGAACUUCUCAUCCACAGAACAAAAGGAUGGCCUCAGCCUCCCUCAUCUCUCAGGAGAAUAAUUCUGCAUUAUUUAUAUAGCUGGGGUGGAAAGCUCAGCCCAGUUGUGCGAGACUCUCUUGGGUUGCUGGGGCAAGGGGUGUGUGACCAAUUCGAAUCCCUUUCACCUUUGUGUGGCCUUCAAGAAAGCAGGCCAUCUGACCUGAGGCUCAGCCAGGCAGGAAGGCUGUGCCAUUCAGUGAUGGCCAGUGCUACCUCUUCCUCUUUGAAGGAGGUGUGCAACUGGGGCUGUCUUAUCUGUGGUACUGAUUUGUCUCUCCUGCUGGAUCCUGUACCCACCUCACUGUAGCCUCUUCAGGCCUGCGUCUGUAUCCUCCAGGCACUGGUGCAGUGGGGACAAGGAAGCAGAACUGCACAUCAGGUUCAUGCCAGCUUGUGCAGAUCCUUUCCUGCUUCAGUUUUGUAGAUGUAUUUUUACAGAAAGCAUUGUUCUAGGGCACCACUCAGCCAGCCCAUUUACAGGACAGGAGGGACUGAAUUAGUGCGCUCAGCUCUGGGUGAACCAGCUGCACACAGGUCUGUCUCCUUCUUCAUCCUGUGGUCUCCAGGCACCACCAGGGAGCAGGCUCAAAAUCUUGGUGUCAGAGAAGACAAUGGGAAGUUUACUGUGCUGUUGUCGUCAGUGAGGGAUUUUUCCCUCGCUGAAUUAUAGGAUUCUGCUGAGUGGGUUUUGAAAAUGGGAUCAGCAGCAGGCAUGAAGAAGAGGGUCAUUGGGAUCUCAGCACUUUGGCCGCUCCCGUAUGGGAAACACACCGAAAGGUCCAAUUCUUGGUCUUCCUCCAAAGCCUGUGUAAAAGUGAAGAAGCCAUAUCACAGUCAUCAGUGUGCUGCAUGCUCCCCAGGUCUCUGCCUGGCUGCUUAGAUGUGGACCCCAAAAGGGACUUCUGUACCUUCGUGACUUCACAUGUUGUCAGCUUGGAGCAAAGGCUGGUGUUUAACAUGUCUUUGUACAACAGGGCCUUGUGCAUUGGGCACUAACUUGGAGGCUUCUGGCUGCUAUUGUAAUACACAUAACUAAUGAUAAUAAAAAUCUUAAGGCCUAUUUGAGAAUGAGUGAAGAUUUGAAUUAACGGAGAAAAUCAAAUAUGUUAUUAUUUGCCCACACUCGUUUUUACAAAAAUAAAUCAUUAAUACAAAAACAUUCCUGGAUAGGCUUUUGUAACCUUCUUUAUAUGUGGAAUUGUUUUAACAAAAUUCUGUAUUACCAUCAGAAAACGAGGAGCAGGCUUGUGCUCAAGUGCACCAGAGCAGCUGUUCAUAACCCCAUGAAAAUCAGUAUGGGGUUAAAGAUCAAUAUGCACAAGAACUGCUGUUAAUCUCAGUGCCUUGCUGCACGUUCAGACACAGAUGAGAAAUUGCUCUGCAAGGGGACUGCACACGUGGCACUUCUACCUGCCCAUUCCCUUCCUCCAGGUUUCCUACCAUAGCAGUGGUACCUCAGCAACUGCACCGCUGUGUCUGUUACAAGAGGAAACCCUGCUGAAGGCUGCCUUUGUGCUCAUCAGGUAUUUUAGUAGAACUGUAGUUUUAGCCAUUCAAAUUAGCCUUAAAAACCAUCCACAGUGUUGGAGAAUUCCUUUCUGUCAGCACGUGCCAGCGAACACGGUAAGCUGCUGCAAAUUCUUUGUGUGGAAAAGAUAUUUCUGGAGCAUGUAAUAUAUGUGUUCUUAAUAGACAAUUAUAGCCACUGUAAAAUGGAAGUGUAUUUGACCACAUUGCCUGAGGUUUUUGUGAGGAAGGCUGAACUGCUCUGAGCUUUACAAGUUGGUUUUCUCAGCCUCCUUCUGAAUGGCUGUCACCCUUUUGAGUAGCCCAGGGAUACUUUUGGUCCACUGGGGAUCUUUCCCCCUGACCUGAAAGGCACACACUCCCCACAGCCUGCUCAGGGCAGCACUUUGCAGCACUCUCACUUGCAAAUGUGGGCAUGGGAGAGAGCUCUGCCAGCAGAACUUGGUCUCAUGGGGGAUUCUCACCCACCGCCACCCCAGGAUGCUGAAUAUCUGCCACAUGCAUUCCUGCAUCUCUUGGAAAAUCAGACUGCUUGUGACCAUAGUGGCCACCUGAAUGCUCAGCACCAACAGCAAUAAGCUUCAUUUCAGAGUGAAAGAUUGUCAUGGGAUGUUUUUCUCCUCUCUUCCUUUGUGCUGUCUUACUUUCUAGAAUGAAGAGUGAGUUGUUUCUAUACAAUAAAUUAUUUCUCCCAGAGCCCUGCCA